AUGAUGGAAUCCACAACCACUGAUGCCGCACCACGUGUGCAGAUCUACCCGCAGCACACCGACUGCGUCUCGGAUUUCAUGCGAGCACCCGCUCCUCCCCCCUCGCCUCUCAUCUCUCGUCUCUGCCUGUGCGCAUGCGUGCGUGGGUGCCUGCGUGCAUGCGCGAAUGUGUGCACGUGUGCGUGUGUGAGCCAUGGUCGGGGCAAGGCAGGCAAGUACGAGAGGGAGGCGCGGCGCUACUGGGAUCUCUUCUAUAAGCGCAACGGCGAGCGGGUGAGCGCGUGCCACGUGGCACACAGCCACACCCGCUGCCGCCACCACUGCGCUCGCCUCGUGUCGCCGCAGCACUGCAUCCUUCCCCCCCUCCUCACUGCCUUCCCCCCCACUGCCAAAGCCCCCCUCGCUCCCUACUCUGCGUUGCUCAGUCCGUUUCUUCCUUUCCCCCUUCCCCCCGGCUCAUCCCUCCCCCUCGCCCCCCGGACUCCCUCACCCCCCUCCUCCCCCGGACUCCCUCAUCCCCCCCCGCCCCGUGCGCCGCGCCAGUUCUUCAAGGACCGCCACUACCUGCACCACGAGUGGGCGCUCUUCCUCCGCGGGGACACGGAGGCGGGAGGAGCGGCGGAGGUCGGGGCAGAGGGGGGGACAGAGGGGAGGGCAGAGGGAGGGGGAGGGGAGGCUGGGGACGGGGAUGCAGGCGCAGGAGCGGGGAUCGCAGGAGGCGGUGAUGGGUGUGGCGGCGGCAGGGGGGGGUCCUCCCCCCAUUCGCCUGUGCCUUGCUGCCCUUCCACCUUCCCGCGCCACUCCUCUCCCCUCACCGCCAAUGCAACCCCUACCCCUCACCCAACGCCCUCUCAUCCCCUUGUGCUUCCCCCCUCCUCCUCUUGCUCCCCCUAUUCCCCCUGCAUUUGCCCAAUCCCACCCCCAUAUUCCCCUAUUCCCCCUGUCCUCCGCCAUCCCCCCUUUGCCUCCUCUGUCCUCCGCCAUCCCCCCUGUGCCUCCCCUGUCCUCCGCCAUCCCCCUCAGGUGGGGUGUGGGGCGGGCAACACGGUGUUCCCGCUGCUCGCGGACGACCCGCACCUCUUCGCCCUCGCCUGCGACUUCUCCUCACGGGCAGUCGCCCUCGUCACCGUGCGUGGGGGUGUGGGGAUGGGUGGACAUAGUGGUGGGAAGGGGGAGGUGUGGGUUCAUGGAGGUGUGAGCGUGUGGUGCUGGCAUGUUGCUCUGCUGCUUACUUGCACGCUGUGUGCACUGAUGGCGGCACCCUCACGGCCAGCCUCUCUGUGUCGCUCCCUCGCUCUCCCUCUGCAUGGCAGUGAGCACUACGACCCGCACAGGCUGAGAGCAUUCGUGGCGGACAUCACAGCUGACCCCCUCGCCACUGCCAUCACCACCGCCAGCAGUAGCAGCAACGACGGCAGCAGUGGUGGGGGGGGAUGCACGAGCUGCCUGCCGCAGUGCCCUGCAGUGUGCCCGCCAUCUCAAGUGGAUGUGGUUACCAUGGUGUUUGUGCUAUCUGCCAUUUCACCUGAGAAGAUGCCUCUCGCUGUCGCCAACGUCGCCACUGUGCUCAAGCCAGGAGGGCAUGUAUUGGUUCGAGACUAUGCUGCCGGCGACCUGGCUCAGGAGCGGUUGAGGCGUAAGGAGCAGCGGAUCGCUGACAACUUCUAUGUGCGCGGCGAUGGCACCCGCGCAUACUACUUCACGGAGGAGGCGCUGGAAGCGCUGUUUGCGGGGGCGGGCAUGCAGUGCGUGAACAUGGGCGUGUGUGAGCGCACCGUCACCAACCGUGCACGGCAGAUCGACAUGCACAGGCGGUGGAUCCAAGCAGUCUUCCGCCUGCCCCUCGCUGCCCCUGCUUCUCCCUCUGCUCCCGCUGCUGCUGCCACUGCUGCCACUGCUGCAGAGGAUAUUGGGGCAGGAGGGAUGAGCGACAGGGAAGGAGGGGAGGAUGAGAGAAGCGGAAGUGGGAGCAGUGUUGUGCAAGGCGAGGGCAGGGGCAGGGAAGGAGUUGGUGCCACGGAGAAGAGCGGCAGGGAGGAGGGCGGCAGGGAGGAGGGCGGCACGGGCGGCAGUGACAUCACAUGUGAGGUGGACUGCAGCAGCCUCUUCCUCUCUGACCCCCCUUUAGAGGACCACGUGCUCUCCCUCGCGCACCUGCCGCUGCGCGUGCGCCUACUGUCCCGCGAGCACCAGCACACGCAAGGCAGCACGGGGCGGCUGCUGUGGGAGUCCUCCCAGGUGCUGGCAGCGCUGCUGCUCGCCCACCCCGCCCUCACCCGCCACUCCUCCGUCCUCGAGCUCGGUGCGGGCGGCGCCGCACUCUGCUCGCUCGCAGCCACCCACAGCGCGCCACGUGUCAUUGUGGCGACAGAUGGGGACGAGAACGCUCUCAGCCUGCUGCCGGGGAAUCUGGAGCUGAAUGCGGGGAGCUUUGAGACGGGCAGGAUCAAGGAGUGCCGGCUGCGGUGGGGCGAUGAGGGCGACGAGGCAGCAGUGAGGCAACUGCUUCCCUCUCAUGAUGUGAUUGGGGCGGAUCAGGGUCAAGUGCAGGAGGAGGGAGGGGGAAGCACAGCCAGUACAGAAGGGAGCGAUGCGCGCACAGCCCCUGUCGGAGGCAGCAGUAUGAAGGGAGACGAUACCGAGGCUGCUUAUACCGCAACGCAGCAGGGGAGGGGGUUUGAUGUGAUCCUGGGAGCCGACGUGGUGUAUGUGCGUGCCGCCGUGCCGCUGCUCUUCCAGUCCGCCGCCCGCCUCCUGGCACGCCGGGACGGGAGCGGGGGGCGUGUGCCGGUGCUACUGCUGUGCCACAUCACACGCCAGGUGCUCGAGCCAGAUGUGCUGGCUGCAGCGGCAGCAGCGGGGCUAGAGGUGGCGGAGGGAGAGGUGGCAGAGCGUGUUGGGGGGAGUGUGGAGCGGGCGAUGCAGGCAGCGGUGGGGACGGCGUUCCCUGGGGAAGGCAGAGAUGCCUCCCUCUUCCGCCUCCUCUGCUUCCGUGCCACUAGUUUGCCUUGA